AUGGGGAUAGCAAAACAAUACUAUCCAUCCACUUUAGAUCUGUAUAGCAUAAUCGCAUCAAAUCUAUUCUCCCUUCGCAAUCACUCUCUUCUCUUCUCCCAUGCAACGACCUUUACUAGUACAUUUCCACUAAAUUGGUCCAUUUUAUUCCGAAAUAGAGAGGGGUUUACAACUUACAAGGAGCCAAAAUGGCCUGCCAAUAAGUAUCACCUCAUCUAUGGUUUUGCUCAAGGCACCCCGGCUAAUGCCGUGGGCGCAGUUACACGUGCUUUCGAAACAUGGGCAGGCAACACACGCUUCUCUUUCAGUCGGGCUAAAAGCGUUGACAGCGCUGAUCUGAAGAUCAGUUUUGGAAGUGGUGAACAUGGAGAUGGACGACCGUUUCAUGGGCCAGGUGGGGUCCUAGCCCAUGCUUAUGCGCCAGCAAAUGGGAGAUUUCACUACGAUGCUGAUGAGACGUGGGUUGUGGGUGCUGUGCCCGGGGGAAUGGAUUUGGAGACUGUGGCUUUGCAUGAAAUCGGUCAUCUUCUAGGGCUUGAGCAUAGCUCUGUUGAAGGAGCUGUCAUGUUACCUGGAAUCCGCGCUGGAUUUACCCAGAGUUUGCAUGCGGAUGAUAUUCAAGGAAUUAAAGCUUUAUACAACACUUGA